UACAGUUUUGAGGCAGGCUUGUGUAUUUUUUCCCCGGCUUGUUUUCACUCGGAGUGAGCGAUCGGAGUUGACAAAACAAAUGUGUGCCGUGGAUUGAAGAGUCGGUGUGUCACAGUUCAGGUGGAUCUGGAUGAUGGACACGGAGAAGAGAGUCCAAGGGAGUACAUGCGGGACUACUCGAUCAAAUUUCACGAAUAAGUAAUUUCUAAACAUUUUCUCAGACUCGUAUGACAACAGUGGCCGCUGAUUGUCCUCGCGCAGGACAUUGAGUGUCUGGUGCCGAGUUUUAUUUGCUACCUUGCUGCGAAGUUCGUGUUGCGCUUACUUGAUUGAGUGAGUUUUGAACGCGUAAUGAGGUUUACAUUCGCGAGACCACUUGUUGAAAUCGCACCCAACUAAGUUCAGUAUUGUGGUCAAUAGCAUUGUUUCGAAUUGACCAAAUAAUUAAUUUGUCUGUUCAGUGAGUCAUUCUAGUUCAUUGAGAUUCAGUUGUUUUAAUGUUGGAUUAUGUCAGAGCUGACUCUACCUAUCUCACCAAGCAUUAUCAAUCAAGUUCACACAUUUAGACAGUUAAACGACGGCCAAGUGUCUACUUCAAAUAAUAACAAUAACGGUAGACACUUAAAAUAGUUCUGUAAUCAUAAAAAAACAAUUAAACGUUUUUCUUGUCAGAUUUAAAGUAUUUAGCUCGCUAGCCGGAGAACUUGAUGGUUUUGUGACUCUAAUCGAAAUAUUUAAGCUUUGCUGUUUGGUAAUUGCACAGUAUUCAUCAUCUUAUCAUUGCUUCUUCCCACGAUACAACAAUAGCACAUUUAAAGAGCUGGUUUGAUAAAAUCAAAUAAAUCAGUCUUAGCUAAACUCUUGAAUAUUUAGCGAUGUCCAGUUUCCUGACAAACUUUUAGCGAACAGAAAGCCGACUCAUAUACAAACAUUGGCGCUUUUGGGAAAAGCAGUUCCAACACUCCAUCGUUAUUUUUCACAUUUGUUCAGUUAAGUCAGUUAAGUUGUUAAUGCGACUGUUUCACCACGUUUUCCUGCUCAUUUACUGUGGCAGAGCGCUUGUCAUUUAACUGACCUCCUCAAACCCAUCUAAAGCAUCUGGAUUGCGCUCUUCCAUGAGUUUCAGACAUGGGGGGACAAUUUAGAUACAUUUGAUUCUCAUAUCGCGAAAGAUCGACACUCAUUUCCCUGCGAAGUUGAUCUGUGGCCCAACCAUGUCUGGAUCCCCGGGCUCGAGUGGCUCCAACCCGCGGAAGUUCAGCGAGAAGAUCGCGCUGCACAACCAGAAACAGGCGGAGGAGACGCGGGCCUUUGAGCAGCUCAUGACAGACCUCACCGUCUCAAGGGUGCAGUUCCAGAAGAUCCAGCAGCUCCGUCUGUCUCAGAACCGGGCACAAUACUACGGUGGCUCUCUGCCCAACGUCAACCAGAUUGGCAAUGCCAGCUCUGAUUUCCAGGGGACGUUUCCCUCUUGUCUGGACUCCGUAAGAGGGACUAGACAUCAUGGUCUAGUGGAGAGAGUCCAUCGAGACCGCAAUCGGAUCAACGCUCCGCAUCGCAGACCCAUUGACAAGCACGGACGGCAGGCUGAGAGUUCUCCAUAUGGAACGAUGUACCUUUCUCCUCCCCCAGACAACAGCUGGAGAAGGGAGCAACCGCCAUGGACCGAAGAGAAACGACCUGGAUUUAGAUUAAUAUCACAGCUUAACAGAACAAACUCUGACUCAGCUCUGCACACCAGUGCCAUGAGUCCAAACCCACAGGAUGCUUUUGGCAUGAACCAGCAGAUGGGCAGAGGGCCUCCCCAGCGGAAUGCGAGCAUGAAUGAAGCAGAGGGCGAGAACACUGGAGAUGUGUUCUCAUUUCCUGGUGUCCCUAAUGAGGAGAAUCUGCUUUGUGUGAAUAAGCCACUGCCCAGACAGUUAUGGGAGGCCAAAAAGGUGCAGUCCCUGUCCUCCCGGCCAAAGUCCUGUGAAGUGCCUGGAAUCAAUAUAUUCCCCUCUCCAGAGCAGAAUGCAGGUCUGUCUCACUACCAGGGCACAUUAAACACUGGUGGGUCUUUGCCUGAUCUUAGUAACCUGCAUUUCCCCUCUCCGCUCCCCAAUCCGCUGGACCCCGAUGAGGCCGGAUAUCCCAACCUGAGUGGAGGCAGCAGCACCGGGAACCUCCCUGCAGCCAUGAUGCACCUGGGCAUUGGAAACUCUCAAGGGCUGUCAUCCUCCCUAAGCAACCCUUCCAUCCAGGCGUCACUCAGCAACUCUCAGCUGCACUCAUCUCUCAGCAAUCCAUCCAUCCAUACGUCUUUGCGUCUCUCCUCGCUGUCCAACCCUCCUCCGACGGGCAUGGCGAGUUCACCCAGGAGGCGGCCGACCCCCAUUAGUCCUCUGACACUCUCACCAGGGGGUGAUCAGCGGCGAAGCCUGAGCAAGCAGCUCUCCCCGACAAUGUCCCCCUCUCUAUCUCUGAUUACACAGGGGGUUGCCUUGGACACCAGCAACUUGCAGAUGGAGCCUCCACCUCCAUACCCCCUUUACCAGCAAACCCAGCAGCCCCUGCAGCAGCAGCAGCAACAACAGCCUCCCCAGUCCCAUCUGUCUAUGCAGCAGAGUUCCCAGCAUCCAGUGGUGCAGCAACGACAGCCUCAAGGCAACCACCAGCAGCAGCAACAGCAACAGCAACAGCCUGUGUCACCUCUGCAGAAUGUCCAACUCGACUUUAAUUCCAGCGCUCACAACAGCAUGGGAGCAUUCUUUAAUGAUCCCUUCAUGGAAACACAGUUCUCUGGACGUCAGUCCAAGUGUUCAUCCUAUCAGCAGGAUCAGUAUAAUAUGUUGGAGAAUGCCAUGAGCUCUGUGGCAGGUGGAUUUGACCCUUCCUCCAACCUCUACUUCUCCCAGGCGGCCCUCAUGGGCUUGAGCGAUAGCCAAGGCAACCUGCAAGACCAUCUUCAGAUGAGGCCCAACAUGCUCUACUCUAAUUUUGGAGGAGUGCCCAACAUUAUCCUUACCGAUGACUCCAAUCCCAACCUGUCUAAGGACAUCAGCAGCGUGUUAUCAGCAGUGCCCGAAUGUUUAGACUCAGAAGGAGUUUUCCCAUUGGAGGACGAACUUCGUAUUGAGCCACUCAGCCUUGAUGGACUGAGCAUGCUCAGUGACCCAGAUAUGGUCCUGCCUGACCCCACUGUAGAGGACAGCUUCCGCAGCGACAGACUUUGAAAAACCACACGCAUGUAUACACGCGUACAUACAAAGUCCAUGAAGACUAAAGCACAGAACCUAUAGCACUCACAUGUUCUAUACAAAUACAAAAAGAUGAACAUGUCAUUUUUUACAUUUCCUCAAACCAAGCGCAUGCAUAAACACUACAUGUUGAUAUAAAGUGAAACAUCAAAUUUGCAUGAGUCAUCCAGACAGUGUGUCUCAUUGGCCAUUCUUGCUCGGCAUGUUCCAUCUGCCUCCUGAUACACCGUUCAUCACUCAUCAGAUGUGUGAAACAAAUCUGGGUGCUUCACACGUGCUAUGACCUGUGAAGAAAACCAAACAUGCAAGCUUGGACACAUUAACCCACAUUUAUGAUCCUGCUGUGUAAUCUAUUAAUUGUGCAGAGUGACAAUCAGAACACUGAAGACAUAGCAAUGCUAAACGGAGACCACCAUUCUAACAGUGAUGGCUGGUUUGGGCCCUUGCAUUGCUGGUCUUAUUGUAAGCCAUGUAACCAAAACAAAAUGAAUGUGCUUGUUUUACACAUUUGCUUCUGGAUGUUAUCAGAAGGUCACACCAGCUUUCAGUCACACUUUCCAAAAGGAUGGGAAGCCUCCAAGGACAAUCCUCUCUUUAGGCUGUGAAUGUGAAGAUAUGAUGUGUUAUGGAACAGAUGGAGUCGACAGCCGGACUAAUACCAGCCCAUAUUGAUGCACCAAAUGCUGUGAUGCGAGACACCAGCAAGAUUGCCUGAGCCUUGCCCUCGCCACCCUACCCAACCUAUGUUUUAGUACCAGGACCAGAACAUGCAUUGUGUGAGCUCCUCUGUUGAACUGCCUCUACUCGCCAACAGCCGCUUGUACCGCCUCCUGCAGUGCAUGUUGUUGUUUAUAGCAUGUGCUGAGCUAAUUGGGUAAUAAUGCCAUGUAACUGGCCAGUCAGUGGUCAUCUUGCUGGCAACCUGUCCGUCCAUCCCUUCACAUACUCUGAAUAUGGCCAGUCCCCUCACUCAAAUGAUAGAAGAGAAUACAAGAGACUUACGCCUCUACUCAGCACAGUCAUACUUUAUAAAAAGAAGAGGAAUCUAGCGGUGUAUAGAGCAUUAUUUUGAAAAUUCUUAACAUGUUUGUUUUUGUAAAAAUAGUUACGAGUUUUGCCACAGAUAUAUAUGCCUCAUAAUUUUCUGUCUUACUAGAAUGUAUUUUUGAAACAGAAAAAGGGGCAAACUGUUUACAAAGAACUACGAAUAAUAAAUGUGAGUAGGCGCUGAAAUUUGUAUGAUUUUGGUAUAAUUCUGAAAGAAAACCUUUGUAUCUUUCUGUUAUCAAAUCAGUCCACAGUGAGUAAAUAGAAGCUUUGGCUAUGCAGAACUUUAGCACAGAUGGCUAACCCUAGAUCAUAAAAAGGAACUAUUUUACUGGUAUAUUUACUAUAUCUGUGUGCUCAUUUCAGAUUUUACACAGACUUGUAAUGCAGCUUAUAAUGUCAAUUGUAUUUGUAUUCGUUCAUCAUGUUUUUUCCCUUUUGAACUUUCGUUGUGGAUGUCUACUUUUGUGAACGUUUUUCAGCAUGGGCCUUCUCUCUUUGCAGCUUUGAUUCUUGUCAGGGGUUUUUGCAAAAAGAAAAAAUAGUGCAGUUCCAAAUUUUAAAACCAAGUCUAAUUUGUGGACGUGGAACACCUGUGUCAUUGUUAUUGCUCAUUUUGCACUGAUAUUCUGAUCAAAAUUGGUCUUGGCUUUUUAAGAAGUGUUUAUUUUGGCUAAGAUGUUAUUUCCAAUCAAGCAAAGUUACCUGCUUUUUCAUUGAAAGGACUUUGAAAUAAAAGCGGUAUAUUUCGUGAAUGACUGGAUUUUAAUGACCAACUAUUUUGAGAUGAAGAAAGAUGUUUAAUUGUAGCUCAGGAAUGUAUUUUUAUUUUUUACCACAUCAGAAGUGUUUCCAGGGCUGCCCCCAGACUACCAGAUCCAAAAAAAACAGCACUCAUUAUCCAUGUUGUUAUCUGUGUAGCUUUCUGUUCCCAAGUUUGAGUUCUAGAGUUGAUAAUGGAAAGCAAUAGCAAUGUUAUUUGUGUGCCAUGUCCACAUUUAUUUUCCUAUUCAUCCAGGUCAUUGAUGAGUUUUGGUCAAAAGCACCUUGACUUGGUUUAUUCAGAAUGUUUCACCACUAAUGUGAGUAGUAGCUUCAUGUGAAACAAAUGGAUGAACCAAUGAAGAUGUUUUGAUUUAAAAUCUUGCUCAUUGUUCAGUGUGGUCCAAGGGAGGCAAGAAGAGAGGACAAUUGACAGAAGCAGAGAUAGGGCCAGAUUUACAAAAACCUUUAUGCUUUUAUAAAUCUGGCCAUGUGGUUAUCACAGGCAUUUUAUCCACAAGCAAAAAGAUAUUUGACUUUCACCCCUGCAGCUGCAGUUUUUUAUUCUUCUUAUGUAGCCUUGUUCUCAAGAUGUCUUAUCAGCAUCUGUUAUAACAAGGACAAGAUCGUAAAAGUGCAAUGAUGCAGCUGUAUGCUUUGGGUUCUAGAGCAUUUUUUGCUGCAUCCUGUUUCUGCUAAAAAAGUGUACAUCUCUUGAUACAACUAACAUCCUUUUAUCGUCUCUUAACCUGUCACCUAUCCAGUUAACUUUGUAGUUUUUCAUGAAUAUUAACAGUGGCACCAUGUUUUCAGGGAUGGGGUGAAACAGGCUUCAGUAGUUCUGUUGAAUAGCAGUGGUGUCUCUUAUGGGUCUAUGAGGGUUUGUUGGAGCCACAUAUAACAGAAGAGUACUGGGGUACUGCAUGAGUGAAUGAGUCUGUUUCCAUCCCUGUCUCUCCAAUACUUCUUGUCUUCUCCUGCCUUAUUCUUGCUGAUAUUUGACCACUCGCUGUCCCUCUGAGUGUACUGUGAUGAUGGGGGGGGGGUUCUAGGCCCUGUGUUCUAAUGGCAAAAAAAGUGCUUGUGGCUCUUUUUUUUUUUUGUUUUGUUUUUUUUGUUUUUUUAAAUACACAUAGACUUCGUAACAGAUAUUCAUUUUUAUUUUUUCUUCUGUUUAUAGAAGGAAUUCAUUUUUUUUUUUUUUGGAUGUCUUAUUUUUGUCACCUUUAAAAAAUUGUACAGUUAUAUUAUUUAAAGAAUAUUUUCGUGUUCACUAGUGUUACUACUUUUUUGUAAUAUGCCAUAUUAAAGUCUUUCUUUUUCAGAUAUUACAAUUUUACUACACCACAAGGCGUUUGGAUUGUGAAGUAUGUUAUAGUGCUUUCUUUUGAUUUAAUAUAAACAAAUAAAACUCUUUACUGUCUAUCA